AUGGUUAAAACAAUGACAAACGAAUAUGAUAGUUUUAAAAAUGAAGAUUCUUCAUCAAAAGUUCCAGAAAAAGGUAAAACGGUAAUUAUUCAAUAUGAUCCACCAAAAGUUGUUGUUGUACGUCGUUAUACAAGAACUGUUAUUCAUUCUGUUGAUCCUGAUGAAUAUAAUAAACAAUUUGAUUCUGUUUUACUUGAUACAGAAACAUUACUUGAAUGGACUCGACGUCUUAAUAUUCAAGAAAAUAUGAUUACUCCACCAUCAUUUAAACAAACAAUUCAAUAA